ACUUUGAAGUCACCCUUCGGAAGUCAACAUGGCGGGCCAUCGUGUUCUUUCCAGAGUCCUCGCUUCUUUUGGAAAGGUUCUAUCCUUACGAACAGUUUCUUCGUCGUUCAGGCCGGAGGCUUUCAAGCAAUUGGCCAAGAUAGAUAAUUUACCAAGUUUUGCCAAGAUGCAAACAGGAACAUUUUCUACAUGCAACAUCCAAGCUAACGCGUGGAAAACUGGUUUACAAGGGGCAAAGUAUUGGCAAAAAUAUCUCUUGUCUUCACAAAGAAUUUUUGCAUUUAACUCUGCUGGAAAUUUUGCAAAGGAAUCUCUGGUGGUCAACAUUUGUGGUAAUUUAGUUAUUCCAAAAAGAUGCGUCAACAGCCGCAACAAGCACGGCAAACCAAAAACUUGUAAAGCUGUUGCAAACAGAUUUUUUAGGACAGCAGAUGGAAAUUUGAAAUUUUGGAGACCAGGCAAGAAUCAUAAGAUGAUGAAGAAAGGACCCAAGAGAAGUCGUCAACUGAGAAAGCCAGUUUUGUGCAACAAGAGACAACUCAAAUUGUUGAACAAAAUGUUAGGCCGGGGAGGACGCUAAAGUUUUUUUCUGUCCAGUCUAAAAAAAAAUCACUUUAGAUGGACUGAAAUUAUGUUUUUCCAGAUGGAGAUGGUCAUCAAGAAAAACUGUUAUCUGACUCUGAUGAUGACCUCUACUUGUUGUCACUAUUACUCACAACUGCUCCCUCCCUUCUCUUCCAGGGCCUCCCCUCUCAAGACAAUUACAUUGUACAAACAACUGAAGAAUAUGAACAGAUGUGUCAAAAAAAAGAAAGAGUUGUUCUGAAUUGAUCUUUAUUUACUAUAUAAGUUUACAAUAAUUAUGGAUAAGAAAAAUAUUGCACUCUAAAAUUUCCUCUGUGUGGAAAGGCAAGAUCAAUUGUUAGCCUCUCUCUUUACUCCUCCCCUUCCCCCAUUAAGUUUGACCCAGAUUUUAACAUUGUAUUCUUCAUUUCAUUAUAAUUACCUUUAUUUUACAUUAACAUUAUUAUAAUUAUGAUUUUAUCUAAAUUUUACCAUUUUUUACGAGAAACAUUACCGGUAAAAUUAUUAAAAAAAAAAUCUGAUUCUUGGCAACAUAAUGCACUGAACAAUAAUUCUCAGUCUAAAGUAUUUGAGUCAUACAGUGUAACAUGGGAUGUUUGCAAGUUUCAGUUUUGGUUUUUGUAAGUUGUCCGUCCCUGCAAACAUAAACAUAACUUCAAAUCCACUUCCCCUCCACCCAAAGUAAUGAAAAAUAAAAUAUUUUGUUUGCCCCUCGUUCAUGUUCUGUUGCUUGUGAAGAAAGUCACCAAAAUUAGUUUACAUCAGAAAUUCCAGUCGCACUGAACCAUAAAAGUUUUUUUCAACAAAAAAAGAAGAAACAACCAAGAUAAAGUAUAAACCAGGACCUGAAAAUGUUGUAAAAUUUUUAAACUAGAGGUUGUGAAAUGCUGAGUGUAGUGCCUGUAUAUUUUAAGAAGCAGAUUGAGUUCAAACAACCCUUAAUUUAAGUGUAACAUUUGAUGUUUGUGGAUUAUGUCAUUAAUUAUUAACUCAGCUGUAUUUUUUCGCACAGCAUUCGAGCUGCCACGAAAAUAGAGGGCCAGGUUAGAGACCAGUCAUUGUUUAUCACCGGGUCGGAGCAUUUUUGUGUUUUUACAAUAGAAUAUACCCGAUCCCCAUAUUA